UUUUGGCAAACACUUCCUUUUCGUACUUUUAUUCCCAUCUCCCCUGCUUUUUAUACUCUUCACUGCUGCAGAUUCCACGUUCGGAACCGGAAGCAGAAGUUUUACCGGUAUGGCUUUGACGCUGAAAUCCGGAGACAUAGUCGGAUUCAAGGUGUUCUUCUCGCUCGCUGUUCUCUAUGGACUGAUGUCAAUCCUGGCGUACGCCGUACUUCACUUGAAGUUUAUCACGCCUCUAGGAAUUGAUGCUCCACUCCAUCAGUUCUCCGAAGCCAGAGCCAUCGAACACGUCCGCGUCUUAGCAGAAGACAUUGGUUUACGCCAGGAAGGAACUCCGGGUUUGAGACAAGCUGCUGAAUAUAUAAAAGCACAGUUGGAAUCCAUGAAGGAGCGAGCUAGGCUCAAUGUUCGGGUAGAGAUAGAAGAGACUGUAGUGAAUGGUUCUUUCAGCAUGAUCUUUUUAGGUUACAGCAUCUCAUUUGCUUAUAGGAACCAUACUAAUAUAGCUAUGAGAAUCUCAUCGUUGCAAUCAGGAGAUGAUGACCCAUCAGUCUUACUAAAUGGUCACUUUGAUACGGCACCUGGUUCCCCGGGAGCUGGUGAUUGUGGCUCGUGUGUUGCUGCAUUACUUGAAUUAGCCAGACUUGCAAUUGAUUCAGGCUGGGUUCCUCCUAGACCAAUCAUAUUUUUAUUCAAUGGCGCAGAAGAGCUAUUUAUGCUGGGCUCACAUGGGUUCAUCACAACACAUAGAUGGCGUGAUACAGUUGGAGCAUUCAUAAACAUUGAGGCCUCUGGAAUAGGGGGUUCUGAUUUGGUGUGUCAAUCUGGACCGGGUUCUUGGCCAUCACAAGUUUAUGCAAAUUCAGCUUUAUAUCCUACCGCAAAUAGUGCAGCUCAGGAUGUCUUUGGUUUUGUUCCCGGUGAUACAGAUUACAGAAUGUUCGCUCAAGAUUAUGGAAAUAUUCCCGGACUUGAUAUCAUAUUCCUGCUGGGGGGUUAUUUUUAUCACACAUCCUCUGAUACUGUCGAUAGACUACUGCCCGGAAGCAUGCAAGCGCGUGGGGAAAAUUUGUUCAGUCUUAUCAGAGCCUUCUCUAACUCAACUGAACUUCGGAAUGCACAUGAACGCAAAUUGCAUGCAUCUUCUCAACCGGGGGGGUUAGCUGAUGAGCGUGCAGUUUACUAUGAUUUUUUUUCUUGGUUUUUGAUAUUCUACACUAGAAAGGUAGCCAUCCUGCUUCAUAGUACUCCUCUUGCUAUCUUUCUUCUUGUGCCACACCUCUUACGCUUUCAAGCAUGUGGAUUGGUUUGCUCAUUUGCAACAUCUUUUGCUUAUGUCAAGGCGAUGCUAUACCAUGCAGCUGGGUUUGUUCUAGCCAUUGCAAUUCCUGUAAUAUCUGCUGUUGUGAGAUUGUUUUUUUCUGGGCAUUCAAUGAACUGGUUCGCAAGUCCAUAUCUGGCAUUUGGAAUGUUUAUACCCUUCUCACUUAUUGGUUUGUUGAUACCUCAGUUUGUUUGGAGAGGUUUUCCUUCGUCAAGGAAUUUUUAUUCCGGAUUAUCAAAUCAGGAAUUGGUUACUGAAGCUAGAUUUUGGGGAGCUUUUGGAUUUUACUCUGUAGUGACAUUGGCAUACCUUGUAGCUGGACUCAAUGGAGGCUUCUUUACUUUUUUAAUUUUAGUUUUUAUGAUUCCAGCUUGGAUUUCUUUCUGCCUAUGCAGCAAGACUUUUGGCCAUGAAUCUCUCAGGUCAACUGCAUCUUAUGUAAUACCUUUGAUUCCUUGCCUGAUGUAUGCGGUUUACUUUGGAGGGUUUCUGAUUGUUUUUGUGCUCGAGAAAAUGGGAAUGUCUGGCUCAAACCCUUCUCCAUAUGGUUAUUUUAUUCCUGAUGUUCUAGUAGCUGCCAUAAUUGGAGUUGUAAGUGGUUGGUGUAUUGGGCCUCUUAUACCUAUUGUUGGCCAACAUUUAGCGAGACAAUCCAUAAUGCAAUUCUUGGUGCACGUUGGUAUGCUUUCCUUGGCCGUGUCAUCACAGUUCUUUCCAUACAGCACUGAGGCACCUAAAAGAGUUAUUUUUCAGCAUACAAUUUGGAAUGCAGGUUCCAGCCAAAUUAUGAGCUCCAGUUACGAUUUUGCCACAACAGAUUCCAACUCAAUGUUCUUUGUUUUUAAACACUCACCUGAAUUGCCGAAGGAGCUGCAUAUUAACACAAAUUUAUCUCUUCAUAGUGUUGCUAAGUCUCACCCUGACGAUUGGAUGGGAAUUUUCCCAGUAAGUAACAUAUUUUCAACAAGUUUUAAGUUCCCUACAGAGCCUGAUUUAAUCAUGAAUCAAUACAAAAGCUUUCCACAUUUAUUCAAUCACAAGCCCCAGGAGCAUCUCAGUGGUGGAUAUCGUAGAAUAUACUUGGAAUUUGCUUUGGGCUCCAUGAAGGAAGUUUGGGUUUCAGUUCUUAAUAUAACAGGCCCUUUAUUCAGCUGGUCACUUGCAAAUAACAAACUUCCAGUUCCAGAAAGAGAUGGCAAUGGCCCUCCUUCAUAUAUUUGUAGAUUAAGCGGUGCAAGUAGUGAGAACUGGACAUUCUGGUUAGAGGCAAGUAGCUCUGGAGAGAUCAGGGUCGAAGUUGGUGUAAUUGACCAGCAUCUAACAGAAAGACAGCUGAAGUUGAAAGGACUAUUUCCGGAUUGGGCGGAUGUCACAGCUUAUACUAGUUUCAGGUCCACUUAUGUGUUUUAGUCAACCAGACUUUGACUUAUCUCUUAGAUGGUAUGAUUCGUCCUGCCCAAUAGUUUGGCCGAUGGAUAUUAAAUUAUGCAUCUGCGCUGUUCUGAUCUGCAUAAAACUUUAAUAGUAUAGAUUUGUCUCUUACAAUUCAUUUAUCGUCAAACGUUUGUUAGUAGACAAGUAUCAGAGAAAUGAUUGUGUAGUGGAUGAAUUCUGAGUGAAUCAGGUUGGUUUAAAUGAAAGAACAUUUCAGAUACAAUUCAACAAAACAAAGCAGGG